CUGAGCUCCUCUCUCACACUCCGGUGCGCAUCAGAACUUCCGAGAGGUGAGAAAACGACUGAGUACUCCUUUCUUUACAGCACCAGCGGCUACAAGGACGCACACACCGGGCGGCCCGAUGGAGAAAUCCAAAAACUUUCGCAUUGACGCGCUGUUAGCAGUCGAUACACCCAAAGUACAGACCUCUCCGCUCGCUCUGGUCACUUCCCUGUCCUCUUCUUCCUCCUCCAUCCCAUCGUCUGGAAGCGUGGCAGCCGCGGAGCUGAGCACCAGUGCAGAGUCUUUACGCACAGAGACUCCCUCCCCUCCGAGGAUUUCCACCUGCGGUUUGAUUCCCAAACCGGGUUUCCUGAACAGUCCGCACAGCAUGGUUGGAUUACAUCCGCAGAGCACUGCAGGGAUCCCCGCACAGGCUCUCUACGGGCAUCCCAUGUACACCUACUCUGCAGCUGCGCUCACAGGCCAACACCCUGCCCUGUCCUACUCCUACCCGCAUGGCUCACAUCAUCACCACAGCAGCGAUCCCAUCAAACUGACAGCUAGCACCUUCCAACUGGACCACUGGCUGCGGGUCUCCACAGCCGGAAUGAUGCUGCCCAAAAUGUCUGACUUUAACUGUGAGUACUGGCAGGAUGUUUUGUCGUUUUUUUAUUGUCAUCCUCGUUUUUAAGUUAUAAAAAAAUAUGUAGCCUUUUGAUUGUGGUAGGACCAGAAAGUCUCCCCACCAGGUUUCCUGAUAAAUAUUGAUACAAAAAUCACAAUGUAGAACUUGAUUGUGUACCACACAGACAGCUUCACUCACGGAUUUAGAGAAGUGUUAAAUUCUUAUUUCCCCAGAAUAAGGUUAGUUGACGCGUGUAAUUUUGGCACAUAUUCCUCUCACAUCGAAAAACCUUUUCUGAAUGGGGAGGCUGUCACUCACUGAUGGUUUUUCUGAGAGGAACUAAAAUGGACAGAUAAUGGACAGUGGGAAAGUAGCAGAGGAGUGUGAAACCCACAGUCGACAUGCUAUUUGCUCACCAGAUACUGCCUUCUUGUCUCUGCUCCUUUUAACAGAUUUGUUCAAAAUGGAGAGGUAAAUAGCUCCUCUGUGGAAAUAUUCAUAAGUGGAUGACCUUGAUGCGUAAACGGAGAGCUUAUAAUGUAUUUCACAACAAAAUAAUAUAAGGGUUGACGAAUUCACACUGAUUUUCGGCAGAGUUGGUUAUGAUUAUACACUUUUUUUACUUACAUGUUAUAAAGACUGAUUGAUGAUGUUUUCUUUGUUAUUCAAAUUAAUGGUAUAUUUUAUUCCCGCAGCUCAGGCGCAGUCAAACUUGCUUGGCAAGUGCAGAAGACCAAGAACUGCAUUUACGAGUCAGCAGCUGCUGGAGCUGGAGCAUCAGUUCAAACUGAAUAAGUACCUGUCACGACCCAAGCGCUUUGAAGUGGCCACGUCCCUCAUGCUCACAGAAACCCAGGUAAUAAAUCAGAGCUCUUCCGUUUCCCUAUUUUAGGUCACUAACACAGUUUUGAAAAGGUUCACAAAUUAAUAGCAACUUAUUCUUUUAUUUUUGUAUAAUAACUAAGAUGCACUCUCGCUGCUUGAAUUGUUUUCCCUGCUUUCUACCCUCUACUAUUUACAAUUCUUGCUGCUCCAUUUGAAUACAUGUUAAUUUAAACACACUUGCAUGGAAGAAUAGAUAUUAUAUAUAUAUAUAUAUAUAUAUAUAUAUAGUUGAGGAUGUAUUUCUCAAAAGUUGGUCUGGUAUGAUUGCAAAACCGCGAAAUGGCAGGUGGUGCGUAAACGCUGCAGACUCAACCUAACGUUUACGCACAUUUACGCACAGCUUCACUCUUUGUGAAUAUGUAAAAUUAAGUAAACUUUUUUUUUCUCUUUCUUUAGGUUAAAAUCUGGUUCCAGAACAGACGCAUGAAGUGGAAGAGGAGCAAGAAGGCCAAAGAGCAGGCGGCCCAGGAGGCCGAGAAGAAGGGCAACAAGAGCGGUCAGGAGAAAUCAGACGGACACGAACAGUCGGACUAUAACAGCAAGACAGACUCCAAAAACGGCAGAAUAAGAGACUUCAGAGACAGUGACGACGACGAGGGCGACAAUUUCCUGUAUAACUCAUCAGAUUGUUCCUCAGAUGACGAGAGGAAUCACACCAGUGACAUUAGUCCGCAGUCCUAAUGAUGAAGAUGAGAAUGAAGAGGAUGAGGGCCAUCUCCAUUUAUAAUGACUGUUGGGGGGGAUAUUCGUCUUAAAAAUGCAGCUGCAUGUAAUCCAACCUCUAAAGAAUUUCGUUAAAUUUAUGAGCAAUUUCUUUUUCAUAAAGAAUAAAAUUAGGUCAAGAAUAGACGAUCUUUGUGCCAGAAAAAAAAACACAAUACAUCAGAAUUUAUCAUUACCUUUUAACACUCGGCUGUAGAUAACUAUGUAAUACUGCAUGGAUGAAAAAUCGCCGUAAACUGGCAAUGGAUUUAACAAUCCUCACCCGCUACGAUGGUUAAUUUGCAAGCAAUAAUAUCCUAAAUAUCUCACAGGCUAGCCCACACAACAGUAGGCUAUACCCAGUACAAUAUUGCCUCUAAAUCUGGCCUACUUUGUUCCUUAUGGAGUUUCUUUCAAUUGAAAUUACACUUGAAAAAUGUUAUGUUUAUUUUUGUAUACUGUAUUUAUAAAAUGAUAAUACCAGUGCAUGCU